CUGAGCUCCCUGGCUCCUGCGAGGUACCGCCAGCUCAAAGACGCGGCCGCAGAGACUGCCGGGCGCGGAAGCGGAAGUUCUGGGACUCGGAAGUGCGGGUUCAUGUGCCGCUCCUCUGUAGGAAGCCUUGGAAUCAGAAUGGCCUUGGAAGUGAGGAAUAAACGGAAGAAAAAGAAAAAUGCUGAGCAGAGAGAGAACCCUGACGACAGCUUUCGUGGGAAUCUGACUGGAGACUAUCUCGUUGGACAAGUCGCCAAUAGCUUAUUUCACAGUAAGCGCCUGUCCAGAGGUAACACAGAUCGCCUGGCGUCCCUCUUUAGCUCUUUUGAGUCUCCAGUUAAACCCGUGUACGUGCCUGUGCCUAAAGAAGCCACCAAAAAAAGGAAGCAGGAUGAGGUGGAAGAAAUUACACCCCAAAUUCAGAAACCACAUUUGCAAGAACCUGCAAAAAAAAAAGUGAAGAAGAAACUUUCUGAUGCAGACAAAAAAUUGGCAAACAGCUUAGGAUCUACUGGAGAAGUAAUCAGUCAAGAUUUAUUGAGGACAGACUAUGUAUCAGGCACUGCUCUUCUGAGAAAAUUUCCUUGUUUUUCCAGGGAAAGUGCUCUAGCAUGUGCUGAUUUAGAAGAAGAAGAAAUUCACCAGGAACACGGGCAGAAAAGGAGAAGCUCUCAAUCUGGUGGUGGUGUUAGAGCAGCAGAUACAAAAGUACCUAAUAAUGUAGAUCACAUUGUUGUAAAUCAAAGAAAGAAAAUUCAAGUCAACCAAGAAGAAGAGAGAUUAAAGAACGAGAGAACUGUGUUUGUUGGUAAUUUGCCUGUCACAUGUAAUAAGAAGAAGCUGAAGUCUUUUUUUAAACAGUAUGGACAAAUAGAAUCUGUACGAUUUCGUUCUCUGAUUCCAGCAGAGGGGACUUUAUCCAAAAAGUUGGCAGCAAUAAAACGUAAAAUUCAUCCCGAUCAGAAAAAUAUUAAUGCUUAUGUUGUGUUUAAGGAUGAGAGUGCUGCCACAAAAGCCUUGAAAAGAAAUGGGACUCAAAUUGCAGAUGGAUUUCGUAUUAGAGUGGAUCUCGCAUCUGAGUCCUCAUCUAGGGACAAGAGAUCAGUAUUUGUGGGGAAUCUCCCUUACAAAAUUGAAGAGUCUGCAGUUGAGGAACACUUUUUGGACUGUGGAAGUAUUGUGGCCGUGAGAAUUGUGAGAGACCAAGUGACUGGAGUUGGCAAAGGAUUUGGCUAUGUGCUGUUUGAGAAUACAGAUGCUGUUCAUCUUGCUCUGAAAUUAAAUAAUUCUGAACUAAUGGGAAGAAAACUCAGAGUCAUGCGUUCUGUUAACAAAGAAAAAUUAAAACAACAAAAUUCAAAUCCAGGUUUGAAGAAUGUCAGUAAACCUAAGCAGGGACUUAAUUUUGCUUCAAAACAUGCGGAAGGACAGUCUAAAAGUUUAUUUAUUGGAGAAAAAGCAGUUCUCACUAAAAAGAAGAAGAAAGGACAGAAGAGAAGUGGACGACCUAAGAAACAGAAAAAGCAGAAGUAGCUAAAGGCUUUUUGUUUUGUUUUGUGUUUUUUGUAUACUGAGUACUGGUAAUAAAAGUGUGGUGACCCAUGUGUUCAGUUUCAGAUUUUUUUAUGGAUGGCAUAGUGAAAUGUGGAGACUUCUCUAUUCUGAGUUCAUACUACCUUUGAUGCUUUGCUUUAAGAUAUGGGUAGCAUGCUCAAUGUGGAUUAUGUGUUACUACUGAUGGUAGAAGAGGUGAUUUCAAGCUUAGUCUGAACAUUUAGAAUUUAAAUGUGUGUUAGCACUUUAGGUCUGUUAUUUCAAUAAUAAUAUGGCUUAGGAUGAGACUAAAUUAAUAAGUGAGUACACUCAUUCCUCACUUAUUGACAUGGUUAGGUUCCAAAGACCAGAUUGUUAUGCGGAAGUCAGCGUUAUGGCAAAAACGGAGGAUUUUUUUUUUUUUUCUGUUUUCAGAACAUCCAUUUGUCCAGCUUUUUUCAUUUAGAAAAUACAAUCAUAACAGCUAAGAUUUACUGAUGUGCUCAUCACUGUGACGAGUUCAGUUACGGAUUAUUCCUCUUGGAGGCUUGGAGGAGACAAAGCUGGAUAAAGGCUGGCUGUGUGACUGGAGGGUCCACGGCUUAACCACUUCACCUUUCUCCAGUGCUGGGUCAGAGCUUCCCUUGGGGAGCUGUCUCCGGGGCUCCAUUCCUACCCUUACUCAGCCCUGUGUUCACUACCCUGGAGCUUGCGAGUUACUGAGGCUGUGGGCUUCCUAUGAGGGUGCUGGGAGCCUGGUGAGGUACCCUGCCCCACCCAACGGAGGCUUCAGGCCCAGUUCAGCUCACUUUGGUAUGUCAUUAAAUUCACACACAUUUCUUCCAAACACCCUCUCCAGUGCCUCUUUCUUUCCUUCCAACCCCACAAUUUUGAGCUGCAGGGCCUCAGGCCACAUAGGAGCUGGGAACCCAGAACACGUGCCUGCUGGCUCCUUGCUGCCUGCAAAUCCUCCCGGAGGUCGUGGCCACGUGGUGUCCCCGCCAGCAGGAAGGAGCAAGCAUGCAGAGCAGCACGGCCCAGCUUCCUGGAGGCCACCCAGAGACCCUCCUCAAGGGAGGGGAUACUCCACAGCUGUUGGCACCAUGCCUGCUACCUCGUUAAUGCACAAAAUAGUAGAUUUUUUACUGUUGUCAUAAAUACAAAGUGUCAGAUAACAAAGAUCGUUGAUAAGUGAGGAAUAGGUGUAAACAGGAAAAAAAUGUAGUAAACAGUAGUACUGAUUGUAUCUAAGUAUCUAAAUAAUUAAAGUGGGAUACUGAUUAAGACAGAGUCAUAGACCCUAAUAGGAAAGGUGUUGAGUGCU